AUGCCGGCGCUGAUCGAGCGUCCCAAGAUGAGCCUGCAGAUGUGGGCCGCCCUUAAGGCGCACAUCAUGCGAGAACGGGAGCGCAAGAAACAAGAACAAGAAGCCGACGAAGCCAUCGAGAGGUUGCGUCGCGAGCAGGAACUCAAGCGCAAGCAGGACGCCAUGACCCUGGAGGAAAUCAAGGACCAAGUGAGCCAGUCGGAAAAGAAGCUCAAGGAACUCAAAGACGAAAAACACCAGCUCUUCAUGCAACUCAAGAAAGUGCUCCAUGAAGACGACACCCGCCGCAGAGCGCUCAUCAAGGAAGCCAACGAAAUGGCCGCGGCCGCGCAAGCCGCCGCUAAUCAAGCUUACGCCUCACAUCACCAAGCACUGAACGCGGUCGGAGUUAACCCGCCACAACCACUCUAUAUCCAGAACCUCAGCCGCACGCCGGUUCUGUACAAAAUGAGCCCCCAGCCGCCGCAGGGAACAACCAUGAAUCAGCAACAUCCCAACUGCCUGAAGCGCACCCGAUCCCCGUCGCCGCCGCAGUCGAUCCCACACUCGCAGACGACCUACCAGCCCCAGUUCGCCUACAAGGCCCAGGUCACGGCCUUCGGACCCAAGCUGGUACCGUAUCCGACCGUGAGCUCUGGUCAGACCCCGGUGUACUACACCGCACAUCACAUCGUACCCGCUAACGACGCUGCUGCCGCUGCCGCCGCGGCGGCAACCAUCUACGGCGCCGGGUACGCGACGUCGUUUACGACCGCUGCGCCGCCGCAGCCGCAUCCUACCGAAAGUACGCUGAAGCAGCACGUGGUGGCACCUCCGUCGUCGCAAGGCUACGCAGCGUCGCACCUGCCGCAGGCGUUCCAGCGGCCCAUGACUCAGCAGCCGUUGGAUCACGGCGGUGGUAAGGUGUCUGGCGGCACGGCGCCGCAAGCGGCUGUGUAUGCAGACGACAAGUUCUACGUGCAGGCGGGCGUGUUGCAGAGGGCGCCUGUAGUGGGCGGGUCGCUGACGACUGGUCAGCCUGUCGUGUCUGUGUCGAGGCAGGUCAAUGGGUCGUUUGUGUCGUCCCAGCCGCAACAGCAGUCUUCCAUUCAGCGACACCAGUAUGCUAGUCAACCAAACACACGAUUUUACUGAUAGAUAUAAUGCAAUGUUGAAGUUGCAGCUGCCGGUCAGUUUUGCAGCGAAUUCAGAUUGCAUGUCGGUCCCUCGGUCAGAUUACCUGUUGCCGAAAGGCAUUAGAGAAAAAUGAAACGAUGAACAGACUUCUUUCUUUUUUUUUGCAUUGUUAUGUUAUUAGCUAUUGCGACUUCAUUGAGCUGUUAUGGCCCCUGAACUGGAAUGUCGAGCAGGCUCAUGAAUGAGCCUCGAAAGCAACCGACUAAAGCCAUAUUUACUACACUGAUGAGAAGACUGGACAUCUCGUGUCCUUGAUGACAAGAAUGUCAUCAUUGUCCUUAUGGACAUCACCAAACCCUGCCCAGCUGCAUUCAGAACGACAGUUCCUUUAGUUUUUGUUGAAGAACCACUGUAGCUAAGGGGAUGAGUCACAAAAAUACUAUAUAGUUUGUUAAGUACCCAGUAACAUUUUACAGAUUCUUUGGUCACUUGCUAAAGGCAGUGUCACAAAUUUCAUUGAACUAGUUUUUUUGUCGAGCUGGUGCACAAAUAAGGAUGCUUCCGAAAACUUGAGACUGGCAGUAUCCACAGAUCUUUACAGAUGCUGCAAUGCAUGGAAGUUACAUCCCGUGACCAAAGAUAUGUCUGUGCUUCAAUUUUGGAAACCCUUGGACCAAACGAGUCGAGAACAACAAUUUACAUAUUGUGUUUUACCGAGUCCAGAGGGAUGAGGAUGAUUGAUCUGUAAUGAGGUUGGUUUAACUGACUUUUUUUCCUCGGUGUUUAUGCUUGUUUAGUUUGAUUGUUUAUUUUUAAAUUGUUAUUUCGCUUGUUAUUGCCACACUUGACCAAUCUCCACAGUUUGAAUGUAGCAUUACCGCCUGCCACCUUUCUUUUGGAAAUGCUCGCUAGAGUUGCGUGAAGACACUGGAUGCAACACAGUCCCUUUUUCAUGCCUAGAAUACCAGGGUGUCACAAAAAAAAAAUUACAGGGUUUUUUUUACCGCAAAAAUAAACUAGGCAUCGCCGAACGCUCAUUCUCCGCCCAAGGGUAGCGCUAGAGGUCACAACUAGAUGCCAAAGUUUCAGCCCGAUCCGAUACCUUGUUCAAAAGUUAUACUACGUGAUUUUCUGGAAAUUUAAAUGGGAAAAUGGAGCCCAUUUUUGGCCCGUUUUCGGUUUUUGGUGCCAUAAGAGCCCCAUGUAUUCAAAAACUUCGUCGUCUGCCAUUUUCCCAUGAAACUUUUCAGAAAAUCACUUAUAACAUUGGAAUAAGUGAUUGUGUGCUGAGACUUUGGCAUCUGAUUUUGACCUCCACCGCUACCUUCGGGCGGAGAAUAAGCGCUCGGCGAUGCCUAGUUUAUUUUUGCGGUUAAAAAAACCGUGUAAAUUAUUUUUGGUGACGCCCUGUACAUUGCAUAGUCUGUAGUAGCCUUCUGUUUUUGUUUUGUUAUACCCCCAUAUACAGCACAGUUAUUCAAGUGCACAGAGUUUUUUGAGGACACAUGUACGAGGAGCGAUCAAGAUUUUCCAAAACAGGAGUGAAUAUGGAGCAAAAUGCAUGGAUUAGUUUUCUAAAACGGAGUGCUGACAAGUGUGCUUCCGUCGGCAUUAAAGAGCCAUUUGUGGUGGAAGUCACACCUAAGUACCAGCAGCCACAGUCUGUAGAUGUUCCUGGUGUGGAAACUACCAGUGCUUUUACUGGAGACAAACUAAAUCCACCAGGUGGCGGGGGGGGGGGGGGGGGGGGGGCACUGUCAGCAUUUUGGAAAGGCCUGUUGGGUCGGAUCAGAUGUCUACACUCUGCACUAAAAAUGUUUUUCACACUGUGUUCGGAAAAGCUGCGGAGAUAUUGCAGAGCUUUACUUGCUCCCGUCUUGGAACUUUUUGAGACAGCUCAGUCAUGAAAUGCCUCUUUUGUGAUGAUGCCAUACCACAGAGUCUUCAGAGUAUUCCAUAAUAUGCAAAGAAAGAAAAAAAAAAAGGAAAAAAUGCAUAAUCCAUUUUGCAUGUAGCACUGUCGAAACCAAACAUAUAUAUGCAUAAUAUAGAGAGCACAUAACCGUGGUACGAUCGCACGAUCUCGUGUAUUUCCCCAGCGGUCACCCCUUUCACUGUCCUUUAUGCAGCUGAUGGGAUCCAAAGAGGUGCAAUUUCAUGCAAGAUUUUUUUUUAUAUAUAUAAAUAUACGUUCCGAUAUAUAUACACAUACAGUCAUUUAUACAAAUAUGCACAUCUUGCAUGCAAGUUCAACUUCUCACGUCUUGCAGUUUUGUGUUUUUGGUGUGUGCUUGCAAGCUUACGAUAUACUAUACAGCCAGCUUGUCUCUUGUAUUGUCUGCUAAAAUGUGCUCGAAAAAGCAAUUGAAUGUAGCCAUUUAUGACACCCUUACAGAAGCAUAGAUGGGACGCAUUUGGUCUACAUAGCCACCUCGAAAUUAGCGCAUCGUAAACAGGUGCUGCAACUAGUGCACGAGAUGCUUCAAAAGUGGCACUUCUAAGCUUGGUUAGCAACAGCAGAUACUUGGAAGUCUUUUUGAAUAGAUGUAGCAGCGGCUCUCCAUUCCUGUCCUCCUGUCCACACCAUGUUUGUGCGUACACCCAUACUCCGUUCACCCCCCCACUGACAGUGCGGUGGAAGCUGCAUGUUCGUUGAACCGGUCGUACAACAAUCUUUCGCCACAUGAUCGUGCUCUUCCCCAUAGCAACAGGCAGUGUGUGUGGUCAGGUGGUGAAAGGGAGACAGGCGAUUGGUCAGGCGACGCAUAGCUCUUGCUGCACUGUCAGCUUGGGCGAGCGGAGCAUAGUGGUCACCAAAGAACAACACAGGUAUUUCUAAAUGAUUUUCCCAUGUGGACUUUGACCGAGUUGCACUCUCGAUAGUUUUUUAGUCACAAAUAUAUCUAUAGAUCUUGUACUUUCAAUGUACAAAAUGAGGUAUGAACACUGGUCAUAUGACUGUCUAAACUGAAGCUUCUGUGUAGUUGUCCAACAGGAGCUUGUGCACUUCACUACAAUGGUGCACAGACUUGCAAUCCUAGCAUUUUUUAUCACCCUGUUCGUUGCGUAUGUCACUUUGGGCGGCAUAUUUUGCAGCACCAUGUGUUGUCUUGCCAAAGGGACCUUGCAUACUUUUUUUGUUCCUUUCCAACAAGUUGGGCAUUUAUUACGCAAUAAAGCAAGCUGAUACAGCA